AUGGACGGCCUUUCGGUUGCAGAAUCUGUCGCGGGGUUGCUUCAAGUCGACGUCAAAGUGAUCAAAUUCCUCUCGAACAUGGCCGACACUCUCGCCAUAGUACGCGAGGUGAUCGCCGAAGUUCGGGCUAUGCGUAUCAUCUUUCGCCGGCUCGAAACGUUCAUAAUCAACUUCUCCGAUUAUAACCAAGAUCGGAUGUCCGGCAUCGAUGUCGAUGAUCUCGUCACCAUCCUGACUGGUUGCGUGUGCACCUUCUUCGAAAUCGACGGCGUGUUGGAGGGCUGCACCAAUGAGGAUGGCGACAGGCCUCGCCUUACCUUUUGGGAUCGCGCCAGAUGGGCGGCGAAGGAACAGGAUCUCACCCGGAUGCUGAGAAAUCUGCAGAGCCAUAAGAGUUCACUCAUCCUGUUGCUCUCAAUGUGGGUGUUUAUGGAACUGAGAACUACCGGCACCGGGUUCGUUGGAGGGAUCGUUCGGGCAUCACGAUCGAUGAGCCGAUCUGUUUCGAUUGCGGGUGGAGAGUCGGGGUUCGCUUCAGUAUAA